CCGCACUGAAGUUGAGGCCUAGCUUGUGAAGGAGCCUAGCCUGUAGGCUAGUAGUAGCUAGCUAUAGCUAUUACUAAACAAUAAAAGAAGUAGCCUUUAGCUACAUGUAGUCUAUAUGUAUAAGCUUAGUCCCGCAGACCAGACCCUGAAAGAGGACCUCACUGUAAUAGACUAUAUAUUGACUGAUCAUAUCCAUAUCCAAUAUGGCAGUGGCAUGCAUCUACUUCGUGCCCAGAAUUGUUUAAAGUCCUUAUGAUUGGGGAUGAUUAUUCAGGAAAAAGUUGCUUAAUGAGUAGGUUUGUGUAUGGUCACUUCAGAGAAUCCAUCAGUACCAUAGGUGAGACUACGUUAAAAAUGUCAAUCAUUGUACUAGAUAAGCCUGUAUAGCUACAUACAGAAGAUGCAUGAGAUGGCUAGCUAGACUAUAGCUAUAGACUAGCUAGUAUAGUAACGUUAUAGUGUAUGUAUUUAACAUGUCACUGUCUGUACAUGUACUCAAGGCGUUGAUUUUAGUAUGAAAACAGUCCGCAAGAGGUGAAGCUUCAGAUAUGGGACACUGCUGGAUCUGAGCGUUUCCAUGAAAUUAUUAUUUCGUAUGUUCAAAGGGCAGUGGGGAUAAUGGUUCUGUAUGACGUUACAGACAUUACAACAUUCGUUAACAUUAGAAGAAUCUGGAUAGACAUGAUACGAAAGAAUGGACUGGACAAUGUGGUGAUAAUGUUCGUAGGAACCAAAUCAGAUUUGGUGGAUCAAAAGGUGGUUUCUGAGGACAUGGGGGGAGAGCUUGCAGAGGAGUAUGGAGCAAUGUUCAUGGAAGUCAGUGCCAAGACAGGGCAAAAUGUGAACAAUGCAUUUCUGGAGCUGGCUUCAAGAAUCAACGUUAUAAGAGGAGAAGCUAUCCAUAUGGUUGGUCAUAAGCAGACCUGCCCUAACUGCAAUGGUCUCUUCACUGAUCCCAAGAUGCUUCAGUGUUUCCAUGUCUAUUGCAAGAAAUGUCUCGAUCGAAUGGUUGUACACGACACUGAAAGAAGGAGCUCUAUCACCUGUCCAAUGUGCCUGCACACCACGUCUCUAGCUCCUUAUGGUGUCAAUGGCCUUGUGACAGCCUCCCACAUAUCACGACACAACGAAAUGCACGAAGCUCUCAAGAAAAUGAAUGAGCCUCGAAGAAUUGUCUGUGAGCAAUGUUUAAGAAAAAGAAAUAUUGCAGUAUGCUUUUGUCGCCAAUGCUCCAAGUUCAUUUGUCCGCAGUGCAGCGAUGCGCACAAAGAUUGGCCUGAGCUUCAACACCAUGUUAUUCUGACUAUCGAUGAAGCUAAAAACAAUACGGAACUAUUGCAUUUCGAUGAGCCGCAGAAUUGCUUGAAACAUGGCAAGAAAUUACAGCUCUACUGUGACACAUGCGGAGAACUUAUAUGUCAGCACUGCACUGUACAGAUGCACAAAGAUCAUAACUAUGGUGUGAUAGCUGAUACAAUUGAGAGCCAUAAGAAAGAACUCAUGGAUUCUAUAACACCUGUACGUCUUAAUCAAGUCAAACCCAAUAAUAUUAUGUGUACAUUUAUUCAAGCUCAAAAAAAUAACACAGAAACGUUGAAAGGUGAAAUACAUUCUAAGUUUGAGGAAUUGCGGAAAUUUCUUGAUGAGACUGAAGCACAACUCACUGCAGAUGUGGAUGUGAUAAUGAAACAAGAGAUAGAGAGCCUUGAGACGAAAAGAGACCAAGCUGAACAAUUUCGAAGCCAGUGCAUUAAUUGUGUUGAUUUUGUACACAAUACCGUACAUAGUGGUAAGGAAGGAGAGGUGUUGAAAAGCAAGCACCGAAUAAUAGAACAAGUUCGACAGUUGAGUGGACAGUUUGAUCCUGAUUACUGUGUAAAACCUGAAAAAGUGAACAUUGGCUUUGCCCUGUCACAAGACAGUUACAAAGUAAUCUCAGAAGCUGCUAGUUUAUACCAAACAAGGGUCACUGAAAAAGCAACUCGAAUUGCCGAAGUUAAAAAGCGAGCAACAGUCGCACUCGAAAUUCACGAUCUGAAGAAAGAACCAUUUUGCUUACCCACCUCAAAUAUUGAUGCCACAUUGGCUCUUAGGUUUGAAAAAGACCAAGUACAACAGUGCAGCAUCACUGAGCUAGAGAAGGGCAAGUAUGAGAUAGCCUACCAACCUGAUGUCGCCAAACCCCACAAUCUUUUCAUCAACGUUAAUAGAAACCCAGUGCAUGGAAGUCCAUUUCUUAUUAACGUUUUACAAUCUUUGGAUAGAGCUCCUGUUAGAAGUAUAACAAAUCUGAAUGGCCCAAGAGGAGUAGCUGUCAAUUAUAAAGGUGAAAUAUUUGUGUCCGAAUCUGAUAGCAAAUGUGUAUCGAUAUUUAGUCCCACUGGAGAGAAGUUGAGUACUAUAACUGGAGAGGACUCGAAACAUGGUCCACUUGGCACAGUACGUGGUGUCGCUAUGAUUGCAGGAAAUAAGAUUAUUGUAUUGGAUAGCGAUAUUCGUCUUGUAAGAUUGUUUUCUCGAGAUGGGAAAGAAUUAAAAGUUUCAGAGCCUUUGUUAUUCCAGUGUCCGAAUGGUGUGUGUGUGAACAAAAGGCAAGAUUCGGUGUAUGUGGUCGACCAUUUAGCGCAUUGUAUUAAGAGGUUGAAUCCAGAUCUCUCAAUUGCUUCUACAUUCGGUAGUGCUGGACAGUUGGACGGAGAAUUCAAUUUUCCUUUCGAUAUUGCCAUUGAUUCUAAGAAUAAUGUUUACGUGACUGACACGGACAAUCAUCGCGUCCAAGUGUUCACUCCCGGUGGUAAAUAUGUGAGACAGUUUGGAUCAGAAGGAACUGGCCCUGGAGAAUUAAGAGGUCCGAUUGGUAUUUGUAUUGAUUCAAAUAAUCUUGUCUACGUUGGCGAGCUCCAUAAUAAGAGAGUGUCCGUUUUCACGAUUGACGGUGAUUUUGUGACAUCUUUUGGCACGGAAGGUAGCGAGCUAGGACAGUUUGAUGGACCAUUUGGUUUAGCUAUCGAUCGGAAUGGAGUGUUGUAUGUUAGUGAUUUUGGUAACAAGAGAGUUCAACUGUUUAGCUAAUAACCCCCUUUAUAUUGCUAGUUGUGCCCUUUUCUUACUCUUUGCAUGUGUUGUGUGAUUCCGUUUGUUUAGAUUCUUGUACCUUAUUAAGGUAUGUGAUGGGUUAUGUGAUGUGAUAUAUCUCUGA